AUGUUGAUUUUCUCUCCCACAACCAUAAGAUCUGUGAAUCCCCAACCCCUCCCUUACCUCUCCUUUUCCCACUCCAUUUCUCUCCCUCUCCCACUAACGUCUCUCCCCACUCCCUCCAAAUCCCCCCAUUUCCCUUCCUUCCAUAUCAACUGCAUAGACGCAGCUCAACCAUUCGACUACGAGUCCCAUCUCAAAAACCGCUACAUUCAAUCAACUUCCCUCAAGAUCGCCAUUAUCGGCUUCGGUAACUUCGGCCAAUUCCUAUCCAAAACUUUCCUCCGCCAUCACACUCUCCUCGCCCACUCCAGAACUAACUACGCCGACCUCGCUAACCACCUCGGCGUUUCCUUCUACGCCGACCCACACGACCUUUUCGAGCAACACCCUGACGUCGUCCUUCUCUCUACUUCCAUCCUUUCCACUGAAACUCUUCUUCAGAAACUGCCCUUUCAACGACUGCGUCGCAACACCCUUUUCGUCGACGUGCUUUCUGUUAAAGAGUUCCCCAGGAACCUUUUCUUGAAGUAUUUACCCCCAGAUUUCGAUAUCUUGUGUACCCAUCCCAUGUUUGGACCCGAAAGUGGCAAAACCUCGUGGGCGGGGCUUCCUUUUGUCUACGACAAAGUGAGGAUCGGGGAUGAGGAGAGUCGGAUAAAGAGAUGCGACAAGUUUUUGGAUAUUUUCGAGAAAGAAGGGUGUAGAAUGGUGGAGAUGAGUUGCAUGGAGCAUGAUAAGUACGCGGCGGGGUCUCAGUUCGUGACCCAUACCAUGGGGAGAGUGCUGGAGAAGUUCGGGUUGGAGUCUUCGCCUAUUAACACCAAAGGGUACGAGACAUUGUUGAAUUUGGUGGAGAAUACUAAAGGGGAUAGCUUUGAUUUGUAUUAUGGGUUGUUUAUGUAUAACCAGAACGCUUUGGAGCAGUUGGAAAGGUUGGAUAUGGCAUUCGAGUCGAUUAAGAAGGACUUGUUUGGGAGGCUCCAUCAGGUUUAUAGGAAGCAAUUGUUUGGGGAUAAUAAUGGAGAGGUGGAGAAGAAGAGGAGUUUGGCUCAGCAGUUGCUUGGCAAUGGAAGUUUAACCGAAUCUCCAUUGGAUAAUGUUAGACAAGAUGGAUCUUGA